GCACACACAAUAUAGAUUAAAUCUAAAAUGUGCAAAUACAUUUGUAAAUAUAUUUGCAUCACUUAUUUAUCCUACAUCUUCUGAAACUUCUGAAGGGUUUGUUCUGUGUUGUGGCUUCCAUAUCGGAGCAGUUGGACUGGCAGUUGUUUUUUGUUUGGUUGUGUUUUUUGACCUUCCAGCUUAGUGGCAAUAUUAACUCUCAAUUAGACAAAGGAAUUUGGAGAUUGGCUUGCAUGGGUGACUUGUUUUAUCUGCUUUGGAAUAGAUCUUUGUACUUACAAUAACACAACAAGUACAAUCAUAAGCCUCACUUUCUGGGGCCUGUGCAGCUAGUAAAUCUCAGUGCAUAUAUAAUGAGCUUCUUUCUGUCUUGCUUAGGUUGGAGCUCUCUCUCUUAAAUCAGAAUGUAGCUAACAAUGUAUUCUUCAUUUUACUAAAUGGACCAGCCUUUCUUGUCUGUUUUCUUCUCUACUUGUUUGAGAGGGGAGUGGGGGAAGUCCUGAGAAGUCUCAAACUCUCAGCUGCUUUGAUUACAGAGGCUCUUGUUUGUUAUUGGGAAGUUUGCUUUCAGUUCUGAAAGGAGGAACUCAAAUGGGAGACUCUGAAUUCAGCUGUCAGCAAGCGAGUAGUUUCAGCCUGGUGUGAAAAAACAACUGUGAAAUUGGAAGAUAAACAAGAAGUAUCCAAAGUGCUCCUUUUCAUCAAUUCUUCUGAGUUGUACUUGAAGCCGCCAAAAUGGUUCUAGCAGAUCUUGGAAGAAAAAUAACUUCAGCAUUACGCUCACUGAGCAAUGCUACGAUUAUCAAUGAAGAGGUUUUAAAUGCUAUGUUAAAAGAAGUAUGUAAAGCAUUACUGGAAGCUGAUGUUAAUAUUAAACUUGUGAAGCAGCUCAGAGAAAAUGUCAAGUCUGCAAUUGAUCUUGAAGAAAUGGCAUCUGGCCUUAACAAAAGAAAAAUGAUUCAGCAUGCUGUCUUUAAGGAGCUUGUUAAGCUUGUAGAUCCUGGAGUCAAAGCAUGGACACCUACUAAAGGAAAACAGAAUAUUAUUAUGUUUGUUGGUUUGCAAGGAAGUGGUAAGACAACAACCUGUUCAAAGUUAGCAUACUUCUAUCAGAGGAAAGGUUGGAAGACGUGUUUAAUAUGUGCAGACACAUACAGAGCAGGUGCUUUUGACCAGUUAAAGCAGAAUGCCACAAAAGCAAGAAUUCCCUUUUAUGGGAGUUAUACAGAAAUGGAUCCUGUAAUUAUUGCCUCAGAAGGUGUUGAGAAAUUUAAGAAUGAAAACUUUGAAAUAAUCAUUGUUGAUACAAGUGGACGUCACAAACAGGAAGACUCCUUGUUUGAAGAGAUGUUACAAGUUGCUAAUGCCAUUCAACCAGAUAAUAUUGUUUAUGUGAUGGAUGCUUCCAUUGGCCAAGCUUGUGAAGCUCAAGCUAAAGCUUUCAAAGAUAAAGUAGAUGUAGCUUCUGUUAUUGUUACUAAGCUUGAUGGACAUGCAAAAGGAGGUGGAGCUCUUAGUGCAGUUGCUGCCACAAAGAGUCCUAUUAUUUUUAUUGGAACUGGCGAACACAUAGAUGACUUUGAACCCUUUAAAACACAGCCUUUCAUCAGCAAACUUCUUGGUAUGGGUGAUAUUGAAGGAUUGAUAGAUAAAGUAAAUGAGUUAAAGUUGGAUGAUAAUGAAGCACUCAUAGAAAAGCUCAAACAUGGUCAAUUUACAUUAAGAGAUAUGUAUGAACAAUUCCAAAACAUCAUGAAAAUGGGACCAUUCAGUCAGAUCUUGGGUAUGAUCCCUGGUUUUGGAACUGACUUCAUGAGUAAAGGCAAUGAACAGGAAUCAAUGGCAAGGCUAAAGAAACUGAUGACUAUAAUGGACAGUAUGAAUGACCAAGAACUUGACAGUACAGAUGGUGCCAAAGUCUUCAGUAAGCAGCCAGGAAGAAUCCAAAGAGUAGCAAGAGGUUCAGGUGUUUCUACCAGAGAUGUUCAGGAGCUUUUGACCCAGUACACUAAGUUUGCACAGAUGGUGAAAAAGAUGGGAGGCAUCAAAGGGCUUUUCAAAGGCGGUGAUAUGUCAAAGAAUGUAAACCCAUCUCAGUUGGCCAAACUGAACCAACAGAUGGCAAAGAUGAUGGAUCCAAGAGUUCUUCAUCAUAUGGGUGGCAUGGCAGGAUUGCAGUCAAUGAUGAGACAGUUUCAACAAGGUGCUGCUGGGAAUAUGAAAGGCAUGAUGGGAUUCAAUAAUAUGUAAAGCAGCCUUAAUAAAAAUGGACUUGGUUGACUCUUUGUUGCAACUUCGGUGAAAGAAUUUGCUUUCUUCCUUUUUACAGUGAUGGGGGAGUGGUCUUUUGAAAUCUUAUUCAGGCUUCUCAGUUUCUAUGUCUAAUUUCUGAAAACUAUUUUUGCUUAAACUAGUUCCUCUCCACUAAUACCUGAUGGCACAAAGAGUAAUUCAAUUUAAUAAAACAAAAUCAUGAUGUAAAAUUUUAAUAUUUAGAGACACUUUUUAAUUGUUUACAUCAAAUGGCAGCCAUUAUAUUUGUAAGCAACCCUGAUCUUUGGUUAUAGUAACAUAAAAUGUCACAAAUACACUGUAAAAUAAAAUUUAAGUGGUUAUAAACAA